CCGGCCCACGCGCGCACGCCCGAGCCCCGCCACUGCACCGCGGCCGCGCUCCGACCCGCCAGCCAGCAUGGGGAAGCCGGCGAGGAAGGGUUUCGACUGGAAGCGCUUCGCGAGGAACAACUGGCUGCUGCUCUCCACCGUGGCCGCGGUGGUGCUAGGCAUUGUUUUAGGAGUCUUGGUUCGAGAACACAGCCAGCUCUCAAAUCUGGACAAAUUUUACUUUGCUUUUCCUGGAGAAAUUCUAAUGAGGAUGCUGAAACUCAUCAUCUUGCCAUUAAUUGUAUCCAGCAUGAUUACAGGCGUUGCUGCCCUGGAUUCCAACGUUUCUGGAAAAAUUGGUCUUCGGGCUGUGGUGUAUUAUUUCUGUACCACCAUCAUUGCUGUUAUUCUAGGUAUUGUGCUGGUGGUGACCAUCAAGCCUGGUGUCAGCCAGGAGAUGGGUGAAAUUGACAGGACAGGCAGCACCCCUGAUGUCAGCACAGUGGAUGCCAUGUUAGACCUGAUCAGGAAUAUGUUCCCUGAGAACCUUGUCCAAGCCUGUUUUCAGCAGUAUAAAACACAGCGUGAAGAAAUAAAGUCUUCCAGUGAUUCGGAGAGGAACACAACAGAGGCGCCUGUCACCACCGUCAUGACAACAGUUUCUCAGAACAAAACAAAGGAAUACAGAAUUGUAGGCAGUUAUGCAGAUGGCAUAAAUGUCCUGGGUUUGAUUGUCUUUUGCCUCGUUUUUGGACUUGUCAUUGGAAAAAUGGGAGAAAAGGGGCAGAUUUUGGUGGAUUUCUUCAAUGCUUUGAGUGAUGCGACCAUGAAAAUCGUUCAGAUCAUCAUGUGCUACAUGCCGCUUGGUAUUUUGUUCCUGAUUGCUGGGAAGAUCAUAGAAGUUGAAGACUGGGAAAUAUUCCGCAAGCUGGGUCUUUACAUGGCAACUGUCCUGAGCGGGCUUGCAAUCCACUCCAUUGUCAUUCUCCCACUGAUAUAUUUCAUAGUUGUCCGAAAGAACCCUUUCCAAUUUGCCAUGGGCAUGGCCCAGGCCCUGCUGACAGCUCUCAUGAUCUCUUCCAGCUCAGCAACCCUCCCUGUCACCUUCCGCUGUGCAGAAGAAAAGAACCAGGUGGACAAGAGGAUCACUAGAUUUGUGCUGCCUGUGGGCGCCACGAUCAACAUGGAUGGGACUGCACUGUACGAAGCAGUGGCAGCUGUGUUCAUCGCACAGUUGAAUAACUUGGACUUGGGCAUCGGGAAGAUCGUCACUAUCAGCAUCACAGCCACAGCUGCGAGCAUUGGAGCUGCUGGCGUACCCCAGGCUGGCCUGGUGACCAUGGUGAUCGUGCUGAGUGCUGUGGGCCUGCCUGCUGAGGAUGUCACCCUGAUCAUCGCUGUCGACUGGCUCCUGGACCGGUUCAGGACCAUGGUCAAUGUCCUCGGUGAUGCUUUUGGGACUGGCAUUGUGGAAAAGCUGUCUAAGAAGGAGCUGGAGCAGAUGGAUGUUUCAUCUGAAGUUAACAUUGUGAACCCCUUUGCCUUGGAAUCUACAAUACUUGAUAAUGAAGACUCAGAUACCAAGAAGUCCUACGUCAAUGGAGGCUUUGCGGUAGACAAGUCCGACACCAUCUCCUUCACCCAGACCUCACAGUUCUAGAUUCCCUGGCUUCAGAUGACUGGAGUGAUGAAGGACAUCUCCGUGAGAGUCAUCUUUUAGUGAAACCAAACAUUUAAGAAAAAAAACAAAAAAUGGUCAGUUGUACAAUUAGUUUGAUACACAGACCUCCAGAUUAUUUUCUAUAUUUGGCUUGAUAAGCCUUUGCUGUCUGAGUUUUGGGAUUUGGGAUGGGGUAAGAUUGGAAAAAAAAAUGUUUUAAAAGGAAAUUGUAUCAUCUGGCUUUUAAAAAUUCUGUCGAAGUUUGAAAAUACAUAAAAUGUUGGAACUAGGUAAUAGAGGAGGAGAAAAUGUUUUCUCAUGUAUAGACCAGUGUCUUGGGUUUUAGAAAAGAAAUUCUCUCAUUGGCUACAAAUUUUUACUCUGGCUUUAUAUUGGUGUGGAUUUCCUUUGACUUCUCACUUUUUAUAGAUAAUAAUGUAUCUAAACAACCCCACCUAGCUAAUGUGCCAAACUUUCCAUCUUGGACUCACCUCUAGCCACUUUUAAAGAAACUGUUAAAAAAAAAAAAAAAAAAACCAGACCAGCACAGUUCUGAAAUAACAGUUUUAAGAUAAACAUAGGGUUCAGGGGUAAGGGAGAAGGGUUCUUUUUUAAACGUACUGUAUUAGGCCACUGGUAACUGUUAACCCAGUGUUUGGUAUAGAACUAUAUAUGUGUGUGUAUGUGUGUGUGUGUGUGUGUGUGUGUGUGUAUUUAUUAUUUUCAUAUAAUUUGCAAGACAGAGAUCAGAACUGAACUGUCAAUGUGAAAAACGACCUCUCCUCAUACUUGAAUAACUACAAUUCCAACCCAAGUCCGCUUCGGGGCUUAUCAGUUCUCCUUUCUCAGAAGCACUAGAAUGAGAAAUCAUGCUGUCAGAUUGUCUGUGUAUCUUCCCUACAGCAGAGGUGUGUUGUGGUGAUACUCCAGGAUGGCAUAGCCACUCUAUUACAACAUCCAGAUUUAAGCUGCCUGGAAGGAAUCGAUAUCCACUCUACAUAAGAUUACACACAAAGGUGUUACUUCAAAAAGCUUGGCUGUGCUUGUGUCCAACUGGAAGGCUUUCUUCUUCCAAGUUCACUCAUGCCCAGUUAAAGAGGCCAAUAUUUUGCUGCCUUUGCACUUUUGUACCUAUCGGGGCCCAAAUAACACUGAUGAGCUACCAGCUAAAUUGUAUUUUAAAGUAGCUUCUAUUGGUUGAGUAAGCCAGCAGGUACACAAGCUGUUCCUACCCUAUAUUUUUGUAGAAUUAAUCCCAUGACAUUGGUAUCAGUGGUUCAAGGGAAAUUCUUCCAUCCUAUGACACUGGUCCUGCCUCCUCCAGAAAGGAUUGUUCUAGCUCAUAAUCUUGGCCCUGCUCAUUAAAAUUCUCUGCUAGUCAUUCUCUUCUGAUUUAGUGAGUAUAGCUUAUUAAAGUUUGUGCUUUAGUUCUCAUCUUGUAAAUAACGCUUAACAUAAACUUGUACUUACGCCUAGAUCCAAAAUGGUCAUUUCUGUAGUAAUGUGUACCCAGCUUAAACCUGUACUUUUAUAUUUAAAAGAAACCAGAAAUUGUGCCAAAGAUAGCAGAAAAGCAAAUAAAUGCUCAGCACUGACCACCUGGACCUGAAAUCUCUGAGGAAAGAUACGGAAAUGACAUGUAAGUCGCAUAGUGACCAUUGAUUCAAUGUGAAUUUAAAAUGCAAUUAGUGUUGUUUAUAGGAGAUAUAAUUAUAAAUAUGAUUGAAAUUGAAUCAAUAAUUUAUUUUGGGCUAAAUAGUUCUAUACCUUUAUUAUGUGGCUCUAAUCCAUGGCAUUAGCAUUGGCAGAUCUCUUCAUGAACUGCAAGUCAUCCUUAUUUUGGAGUUUGUAACAAGCCUUUUAACAUACUGUGCUAUUAAGUCAUAAAAGAGAACAAUGUUCCUUUCAGUGUCAAUAAACAUGCCCUUCAUUCUUUC